UUUAUUACGGAAGCCGGGUGGGGACAUUCACGCUUGCUUGCCUUACUUGCCUGCUCGUCGCGCUAGCAAGCAGAGAAAGCAAGCAGGAACUAAUAGAACUAAUAUUCUCGCGUAUAAUAAAGGCGUAUAUCAUAUAUUUUUCAUCAUACAUACGCCCUUAUACUAUUAUAAAUUGAGUUUAUCGGCCGGGAAGGGACAUUCACGGCUUCCUGCUUACUUGCUUGCUUUGCUUGCUUGCUCGCAUAGGAACAAGCAGGAAUGAACCGAGCAGAAAAAUAAUUAUAAUAUUUUGAGGCAACAGUUCCGUCAGCUGUUACAUACAAUACUUAUGAAAUAUAAAUGAUAACAAACCCACGUCUCAUACAUUGCUGUAAAAUUAGUUGUUUUUUAAAUUAAAUAUAUCCAUUUUUGAUAAACAAUGUGCAUUUGAAUUGUGGUAAAAAGAAUAAACAAUGGAUUCAUUAACACAUUCACUUGCUGAAAUCACAGUGCAUCAUGAUGGUGAAGCACUUCAAGUGCCUUUGGACAAAAAUAGCACUGUAAGCAUGAUUUCUUUGAAGUCUUUUGUUCCUGAUACGAUUGGGAUGACAUACAACAAACCUGAUGGGACCUCAGCCCUUGUACCACUUGGAAAUGAUAAAUUUUAUAUACCACAAGGAGUUAAAACAUGUUUCAUUCGUGUCAACAAAAAUAACAAUUUUCAUAAUGGAAUCAGGAAUUUUAAAGGGAUUCAAUUAAAAACAAUGCUUGAAGAUUUACAACCAUCAAAAAAACGAAAAGUUUCUGAAACAACACGAUCAGUAUUACCAAGCCAGCAUAUUCAAGACAAUGUGACAAUGAAUCAAGAGACUGUUAAGGCUAAUAUAAAUGAAAAACACAUUAAGUCACGCUGGUACCAUUGUAGUUAUGACAGUGAAAAUUAUUUACAAAAAAGUGAUUCAACAAAUAUAAAGACAAAAACUUUAGAUAUUUAUGAAAAUCAACUCUACGAUAAACAACAAAUCUCUGAAAAAAUUAAAAAUUUGUUUUAUGAUGAUUUCACUAAGCCUAUUCUUGAUGAUUCUACAAUUGAAUUAGCAAAUUUAAAAUUUCAAACAAUUCCAAGUUUUGAAAAUAUAUUCCAAUAUUUAAAAUCAAUAGGAACGUCACCAUCUAGAAUGGUUUUGAUUUUAUUAACUAAGGCUAAAAAUCCAAUUACUAUUUCAACAGAACUUGAGAAUUUUCCAGUAUUUGAUUGUCAACAGAAUAAAAACUUACCAACGUCAUCAAGAAAAAUAAAUAAUUCUUCAAGUAAAGAAAACUAUUAUUCGGAUAGUAAUCAGUCUUCUAAUAUAUCCGAAUUUUCACCUGUUAAUUCAUCCCAAAAUUCUCAAUCAACUCUCAAUCCAUCGUUGUCACUAUCUCAGACAAAACAUGUAAUCAACUUGCCUAAAAAUAAAAUGCCUGAUACUGUUGAAAGUUUUACAAUUUUAUAUUGUUUACCGAUAACUGAAGGCAAGGAAUACGUAUAUAAGUAUAUGCCAAAAAGAGAUUUAUAUGAUACACUUCGUCGAACAAAAAUGAUAAAUGAAGACUACCACAAUUUUGAUCCUGUGUUAUCAGGUUAUCCCAUUUCCAACAUUAUAAAAAAUGGUGUAGCUCUCAUCACAACAACUUUCAAUGAUAAAUUAGAAGUUGAUUCUACAUAUGUUAAAUUUCCAACUAAUAUGAGACAAGAUGGACAUAAAAUUAUCUACAGCUGCGAAGAGUUACGUGGGAUGUGUAAUGGUGAAUUUGGCAUUGGUGUCAUCCCAAGUUGUUGUGGUGAAGCAGAUACAUCCUGUGCAUGGUAUAAAAAUGGAAAAAAAUUUAAAGAAGGCACACGUAUGUUUUGGAUCAUGUGUGACAAAGAUAAGCAUCCUUGGUUGGAUGACUGGAAGUGCAUCGUUACGUGCAAUGAAUUGAAUAGAGAAUCAAAAAUAUUAUCCUGUUCUGCAAAUAAAAUGUCUGAAAUUCAUAAAAAUUCAAAAUUUACUGAGCUUCAAACACCUGUCAUUCAAAAAAAUAAUUCACUAAUAUGUAUACCUUCAUCAUCUAGCGUAAAAACCAAAUCAAAUAAACAAUUUAAACUUCCUGACCUACCAAAAUCUUUGUGUAAUUCACGCAAAAAAGUGUGUAUAAACCCUGGAUCAUCAACGUAUAACAACUAUAACAGUUAUUCAUCUUAUGUAUCACCAAUUUUGGAAAUAAAGUUGGAAGAUUUUCAACUUCCUGUAAUUAAGCAAUCAGAAAUAACAAUUACAUCUCAAGUUUUAGGCAAAGGUGGCCAAGGAAAAGUUUUUAAAGCAAAAUGGAAAGAUUCAUUAUAUGUGGCUGUUAAAACAAUCGAAAUAACAAGAGCUAAUUACCCAUCGUUGAUGGAAGAAAUGAAAGUACUUCAAUUUGUAAAACACACUAAUAUUAUUCAAACACUUGGUAUAUUUCAAAUUGGAGACGAUUUCAACAUUGUGAUGGAUCUUAUUGAUGGACUGUCUUUGAGUAAUAUUCUCUUUAAUGACAAUGUUAAAGAAGAAUACGAUUUAUCAAUUAAAAAACGUAAUUAUAUUGCAUCACAAAUUUCUAGUGGAGUGCACUACAUGCAUUCAUCAAACAUCAUCCACGGUGAUAUCAAGCCUGACAAUAUAAUGAUAACUCGUAAAGGAUUGAAUGUAAAAAUUUGUGAUUUUGGGUUUAGUAAGCUGGUUAAUUUUGCGAGAAUGACAAAUAGUGUUCGUCUUCCUGCUGGAACGUACAUCUAUAUGGCUCCAGAACUAUUGUUGAACAAUUUUAAAAAUUCUAUUGCCUCAGAUGUAUGGGCUGUUGGCUGUACAUUAAAUGAAUUGUACCUAGAAAAACUAACAUGGAAUGCCAAAAGUGAAAUGGAAUUACGAGGCUGGUUUAAACAGAUGAAUUCAACAGGAGAUUUUAAACAUUUAUGUUUAGAUAGCAUACCACAACGUCUUCGAUCACUUGUCAAACGUUUUCUCUCUUUUGAUCAGUCAAAACGACCAUCAGUUGUUGAAGUUAACAAAAUUUAUGAUGAUGCAAGCCAAAACUGGAGACUUUUUCCUGUUUAAAAGUAUUAUUAUUAAAGUAUAUUAUUUUAUUACUAUAAGACAAAAAAUAUAUUGCAUGAAAUAUAUUAGAAAAUUAAUAAUAAUACAUUUCUUUUUAAAGUUAAAAAAAAAAAAAAAAAAGAUUACAUAUUGUUGUCAUAGUACAUUUAUUUUUAUAUUUAAAAGAAAAUAAAUCGUUGUUUUCGUUAUAUAAUAUAUGACGUGAAAAUAUAUUUCAACGAACAAAUGAUAAUACAAUUACUUUUAUAUUUAAAAAAAAAAAUAAAUAAAUAAGCAAACAUCGUCAUACUUGUUGAAAAAUGUACAAUUAUUUUUAUGUUUUUCUAAAUAAAAUUUUGAUUAAUAAAAACAAAUAAAAAUUCACAUUUGAUUAUUUAUUAUACAAUGUUCAUGGUCAUUGGUCAUACAAAAUAUUAACUGUAUUACUCUUAUUUUGACUCAUUAAAU